ACAUUGGUUACAGUACGGGGAUGCUAACAGCCGCCCGCGGGGCCAGGCCCUGGUCUAGGCCCCAACCCAAUUUAACCAGGUCGGGUCGGUACCGUACCUUACCCUGUCUUGACGGUAAGGUAAUCGGUAAUCAAUCAGCCCAAGACAAAGAAAAGAAAAAACAUGAAGGGGGAAAAAAACACCUACCACCUUGGCUUUUCUUUUUUGGCAGCCCGCAUAACCAUGCAUGCGGUGAAAACACGUGCCUGCAACCUCCCGUAUCUCAUCAGAUCAUUGGAGUCCAUUGUCGAAAAUUGGAGGGCAAGCAGACCAUGAGGGAAACCUCGAUCACAUCAGACGACGGACGAACUUUGACCAAAAGCCGGGGAAACGAUUGCGAGACUUGACGACAGCCAUCCUUGAGAACGAAUCCGACCAGCAAACAGAAAGUUUAGGAAAAAAUCCAUUCAAACUCAGUAACCCACCAUUGGCUUUUUCAAUAACCGUCCAGUUAACUGUCCAUCUACCAGUAAACUUCCCUUUUCACUACCUAGUUGUUUGAAUGAAAAAGGCCCUCCGCAUAAUUCUCGGCCGAGUCAAUCCCAGUUGAGCCUGCUGGUUUACUGGGCUAUCGGGCUGAACGGAUCCCUUUUAGAACACAACUGACCGGUUCGUCCGGAUAGCUCUGUGGAAAUGCAGAGCUGAAGAAGGAAGCGCGACGCAGGCGCCGACAAUUUUUUUUUUCGUCCUUUUUUUCUUCUUUUAUUUCUUCUAUUAUUCCCUCCCUUCCCUGAAUAUUUUUUCUCCUCCCCUUUCCCACGUCCCACUUGCUGUGGAAGCAGCUGGGCUUGUGGUUAAGGUAUUAACCAGAGUCAACUCCACCGUGCCAUGGCAACGACGCCCUCAGCGGCGGCGGCGGCAGCAUCGGCACCAAAAAUCGGCAUUGGCAAAAGCGCAAGUACGGAAGCCAAGGUGACUACCAAGGAGAAUGUGGUCGGUCCCCAAAAUCACCGGGGUCUGGGGGUUGGUGGCGGAGCCUGCAGCGGCCCGCCGGGAGUCAUGGUCUUCGACGGAUUCCAGCAACGCAGCGUCAAGCGCCCACGCCCGGUCAAGUCCUGUCUUGCCUGUCGCUCCAAGAAGUUGAAGUGCGACCGGUCCGUGCCGUGUUCACAGUGCCAAAAGGGUCACCGCGUCUGUCGAUAUGCUUCUGACAAUCACGCUGGCAAUAUUUCGGAUUCUUCUGAUGGGGAGCCCACAAGUGCCGGGGAGCGGCCGGCGCAAAAGAGGCUUGCCCUUGGGUCGCGCGCCGCACCCUCACCUAUGCCUGCGACGCCCCUGGUCAAGUCUCUACCGGUAGACGAAGUUGCUCCUGCAAACGGCGGCUUCCGUGCCCCGAGCACCAGUAGUAGCACACCUCAUGAGGCAUGUCAAGCGGGGUUUGAGGAUAUAUCCUCAAGGCUAGACCGACUGGAGCAGCUGAUCCUUGCAUCAAAAAAUGACGUCUCAGCCUCAACACCAAAGUCGUUACCUAUGGGCUUCAAAGGCAACAACGUCAGUACUAGUAAUUACAACGACAAUUACUUGCAAACAUUAACCACCCCCACGCCGGCGACUACAAGUAAUGCGACGAGAGACAUCCAUUCUCGUGGCUCUCAAAUGAAUUCUAUAGACACCUCCAACAGUCUCAUCCCGACUCUACCCACAACUAUACGGAAUCUUACCGUCAAAGGGAAUUUGAGCAUACGAACCCGCUUCUUUGGGCAGAACAGCACCCGAGUUCUACUCAACUUGUUCGACGAAGCCCAAGACUUUAUGUACAAGGCUGAUAAGCGCGAAAGUGCAGGCGAGCUUUUCCAGCACCUGAACAGGGUAUACUCGAUGCUGCAGGAAGAGCAGCGACGCUUGUUGUCUCCCAUUACCGUUUUUGUCGACAGCGUCCUACCUGUUUACAAGCGUAUGGCCGAUAUCCUCCCCAAAAGCAAAGCCGUGUGUGAUCGCCUGCUUGACGCCUACGUAAGCACGUCGGAAGGCCUUUACCGCGUCGUUCACGUUCCAAGCUUUCGCGCCGAAUACAAGGCAUACUGGGAAGGCCAGCGCUGCUCUGAAGGGUUCCUCCCCCAACUCCUAUGCAUGCUCUCGAUCGGGUCUCGUUUUGAGACCGAAUCUCGAGGGCUGGGUCAUGACCGCUCAGAAGGUGUUCAUGUACCCACGGCUUGCGCCCUCGUCCGCGCCUGGCUCGAUGGACUGCGCGGCAAACAACUUGUUGACAUUGGAACCCUUCUUGCCGAGCUUUUACUUUUGCACGCUCAGCGCAUGAUUGCGCCUCGAUACCAAGACUCAUGGACCCAGCUUGGGGCUAUCAUACGCAUGGCCAUGACCAUGGGCCUACAUCGCGAUCCGUCUGAAUUUCCCCAGAUUCGACCUUUCGCGGCGGAAUUCCGCCGAAAACUAUGGUACUCCAUAAUGGACAUGGAUCUACAUCUUUCUCUGGGCUGCAACCUUCCCUGUGGUGUCCGAGAUGGAGAAUACACAUGCCAGCCGCCCCUAAACCUAGACGACGAUGACCUGAGGGCAGACAUGACUGCCUUGCCACCCCCCAAGCCCAUUGAUGUGAGGACUGAUGGACAACUGCAGGCAUAUGCGGCAAGCACUCUCCCGAUCCGCAUGCGGGCCACGACUUUGGUAAGCAGAUUAGAUACGAUUCGCGACUACGGCGAGGUUCUCGAGGUGGGCACGAUGCUAGAGCGGAUCCUGGACGACAUCAACUGUGUGUUCCCGCGCAACCAAAAUCAAGGCCUCAAUCCGAGCGGCAAGUACAAGGAGUGGCGGAUGCGUUGUCUCUUGGACAUGCACGUCCGUCGCCCACUUUUGGCCUUGUACCGCCCUUUUGCCCUCAGCAGCGGCGGCGGCGUCUUCAAUGACAACUGCCCGCCGCAGAUUACGUCGACAUACCUAAAAUCAUCAAUGGUGCUGCUCACGUAUCUUGACGAAUUGGAUGCUAGGUCACCGGCAUACAUCGACGUGAGCCAUAUGUACUACGUCAUCCUUAAGCACGAUAUCAUACAAGCGGCGUUUAGCGUGUGCUACUAUAUACGAAACUCCUACCAAGAGAGCAGCAUUAGCAGGGGAGACACGCCGGCAACCGGUGGCGGGUAUGCAACUUCACCGGCCUCGGCCGACGGGGGAGACUACCUGGCCACACCAGGGGGUAGAUACUACCAUGGCAACAAGCCGAUAUGGUCGGGCCAGCGAAUGACGAGGGUGGUAGAGAAAACACUCGAAGACCUGAUCAUGAUGAUACGUGAUUCGACGUCAGAUCUCAAGGAUAUCGUGGCGUUGUCAGCUGUCAUCAAAUCGGUGCAGCCGGGUGGGACAACCGAGGAGCGGCUGGAGAGGAUGACGUUUGGCAUCCGGCGCAUCCUGGAUGCUUGCAUGUCGACAAUAAGUUCGAUUCCGGGGAGCGCCAAGGGACAUCACGGUCCAGACGGGCUGAUAGUCGGAUCAUCUUCGCUCUUUGGUAAGCCACCGCCGGCAACGGUCGAUCAAAAACCAUACGUGCUUCCGCAGGCCUCGGCGCUGCCGCCACCGGCCUUGCACCUAUUUGGUGGGAUAGGGCAGCUGGCUACCGCUGGUUUCCCAGACGAACUGAAUCUAUGGGGUGAACCAGAAUACUAGGAUACCAUCACAUAGCACGCGGGCUCUCGCGGGCACUUUCGAAUACGUGGAUGGUUGCACCAUAGCAUGUUUUUCCAACUCCAGUCUGGCUUAUCUAAUUAUCCUUGUCCAUGUUAAAUAUACCCAUCCGAUAUAUGUAAUACCGAAGCAGAUUCUACUUUUUUCUACUUACAAACCUAAUAUAAACCGCCGGUACGCAAAAUUCAGCCAGAUUCAGCUGUCG